UCCCGGUCUCCAUGUCUCCAUGACCUUUUCCUACCCCUGCAAUACCCAUCACCUGCGAUGUUGUAAUUUCAAAUGGAAGCUCGCCGGAUCGCCGUUCUCUUCUCCCAUCUUUGUCCCACCGGUCCGGCCCCCAGGUUUUCGGGUUUUUCUGUUUCGGGUUGCGCCUCUGGCUCCGACAGUGAGCAGAAGCUGGAUGGUUCUGAUAAGGGGUGCUUACGAAGUGACUGUGUCUUUUGCCAGAUUAUACGUGGUGACGCCCCCGCUUUCAAGUUGUAUGAAGAUGAUAUGUGCCUCUGUAUUUUGGACGUGAAUCCUCUGAGUCAUGGGCACUCUCUUAUCAUUCCGAAGGCUCAUUUUUCUUCCUUGGAUGCGACUCAUCCAUCUGUGGUAGCAGCGAUGUGUUCAAAGGUACCUUUCAUCAGCAAUGCAAUCAUGAAAGCUACUGGUUCUGGUAUGUUCAUUUUUCUUUGCUGCUGUUAUAGCAUUCAAGUCUUGCUAUCUUUAUCACUCUAUGUUAUAGACUUCAUUGACUUUGUGCAGCGUGUGAAAUCUUCCACUGAUUAAUUGGAGAUUCAUGGCCCUUGGAAUGCAAUUUAUAUGACUUAAAGCGAAUUUCAAAAUAUAUUUCUCAUAACUACUUACUCUUUUUUAUUUAGGAAUAAAAAAUGAGAGGGUUUUAUACUGAUCACAACUGUUGCUUCUUAGAAAACUAUCCUUCUCAUUUAGUUCUCCCAUUAUGAGUACAAGACUACAUCCUUAACUUUUAUGUUCAUAUUGAUGAACAAGCUGAGUGACAUAAAGAGAGAAUCAUCAUGAUUAUGAUUAAUCCUCCAUUUGGUUCACUGAAAUGAUUUCAUGGAAAUUACGGGUAACAUUAUCCAUAAAUGUAUAAUUGAGAAACAAAGUACUUAAAAGAUGGGUAAAAGAUAUUCUUUUACCUCUUUCAGAAAAAUCAACUUCAUCGGAGAAGUUUUCUAAACUCUUCUCUUUUAUUUUUCUUUAACUGAAAAUAAAGGGUAAAAUAACCAUAUGUUAUGCUACCUAUAAUUUUCAAGUGAAUUUUCCUGUAAACCAAACAGACAAGUGUGAUGAUUAGAAACUCUAUUGGAUUGAACCAGAUCACUUUAAUUACCAAGUCGAUGACAAAGGUAACAUCUCCAUGAGAAGACUUAGAUGACAAUGUAUUUUCCACAGUACUGUUUAAGUACACCAAGUGAGGACCAUGUGAAUUUAAUUAACUAGAGGUAUUGGACUGUGCAGAUUCAUUCAAUUUAUUGGUUAACAAUGGUGCAGCAGCAGGCCAAGUUAUAUUUCAUGUAAGUAGUUGUUCUCUCCUUCAUUUUCUAGGUUCCAUUUUGUUUCUUGGGAACCAAUGAAGUAAUUGUUUAUUGACUUUCAAAGAUGAAAAUACAAUAAGAAAAGUAAAAAUCAUCAUGCCGGUACUGCAUAAGAAAUCAUUUAAAUACUUUUAAUGAAUAUAUUUUACAUGU